AUGGCCGAUCAAGAACUACGUCAAAGGAGGAUUGCUAGUGAAACAACGGAUUCAAGAAAGAAAGAAAGAGCGGAAAGAGUAUAUAAAAUUGAGAAAAAAUCAGAUCCACGUAAGUAUCAUGUUAUUAGCAAAUCAUUUUGCGUUUCAGUGACUUGGUUCACCAUCGUGGGUGUCAUAAUUCUAAUUGUAUUCAUCGUGCUCUUCCUUGUAAGUGUUUUUUUGUUGAUAAGUGAAAUUAAAUUUUAUUUCCAGAUUGAGGCACUCACAGGAUUUAAACACAUCAAGCAUUUGCUCUGA